GUCGGAGUUCACUCCACAUUUUGCCGUAGACCGUUCGCAUCAUGAAGGCCUUCUCGCUCAUUGCCCGUCGCUCGAUCGCCAUGGCGCGCCAGACCCCGCGCUCGUUCUCGACCGCUUCCUACGACCUGUACAACCCAACGGAGGAGCACAAGGCGCUCCGCGAGAUGCUUCGGUCGUUCGUCAAGGACAAGGUCGAGCCCCAGGCCAUCGACUACAACCGCGCCGAGAAGUUCAAUGUCGACCUCUUCCGCGAACUGGGUGAGCUUGGCCUGCUCGGUAUCACCGUGCCCGAGAAGUACGGCGGCUCGGAAAUGGACGCGUUGGCGGCGGUCAUUGCCCACGAAGAGCUCAGCUCGUCGGACCCUGCGUUCUGCCUCUCGUUCCUUGCGCACUCGAUGCUCUUCACCAACAACUUGGCGCGCAACGGCAGCGACGAGCAGUGCGCCAAGUACCUCCCGGCGGCGUGCUCGGGCGAAGCCAUUUGUGGCAUGGCCAUGAGCGAGCCCGCUGUCGGCACGGAUGUCUUGGGCAUGAAGACGACGGCCACGAAGGUUGGCGACGAGUACGUUCUCAACGGUACGAAGAUGUGGAUCACGAACGGUGCGAUCAACGACACGGAGCUCGGCGACACGUUCUUGGUCUACGCGCGCACGGGCACGUCGGGCAACGCGCGCGAGGACUUUUCGUCGUUCAUUGUCGAGAAGGGCUUCGAGGGCUUCUCGCUCGGGCAGCGCAUCAAGGACAAGUGCGGUAUGCGCGCCUCCAUGACGGCCGAGCUCGUCUUUGAAAACUGCCGCGUCCCCGCCGCCAACUUGAUUGGCAAGGAAGGCAGCGCCGUCAUUUGCAUGAUGCGCAACCUUGAAAUCGAACGUGUGACGCUCGCGGCCAUGAGCUUGGGCAUUGCGCGCCGGUCGAUCGAGGUCAUGAACGCGUACGCUAAGGACCGCGUCGCGUUCGGGAAGCCGCUCAACUACUACGGCCAGAUCCAGGCCAACAUUGCCAAGUCGUACGCCGAGUACAUGGCUGGCCGCGCCUACACGUACAACACGGCCCGCCUCAUGAAGCUCGAUGCCGUGGGCAACCGCGUCGAUACGGACGGCGUCAAGCUCUACUGCGGUGAUAUGGCCAAGACGGUGGCGGACCGCGCGAUCCAGACGCUCGGUGGCUACGGCUACGUCGGCGAGUACAACGUGGAGCGUCUCUGGCGUGACUCGAAGCUGCUCGAGAUUGGCGGCGGCACCAACGAGUCGCACCACAAGAACAUGAGCCGCGACCUCAUGCGCGUCAGUGCCUUGUAAACCGUCCACCGACGAAUAAGAAACCACGUUCGUUGUUGUGAAGCGAAGUGUGCGUGAGUCUCGG